UAAUGUUCAUAGUGACAGUUUCUCUUUCGAUUAUUGUAAUGUGAUUAUAAAAUUACUCUUGGAUUUUACAAUUCUGUUUGGAAGUCGAAGGUUUCGGGUAUCAUUUUAUACAAAGAGUUGAGUAAUAAACGUGACAACCGCUUGGUACUUAAUAGAAGAGAAAGUAAACACAGAGAAAAUGUCAAUUACUCUUACGGCCUUUCGAAAAAUCAACCGAGAUAUCUAUACGUAUUUAACUCAAAACUUGAUUAAAUUCUGCGAACUAGAAAUUAUUUGAGUAUCAGGGAAUGUAAAAAUUGGAUACGAUACUUGUGUAAAAGGGAUCCUAAGAUACGCUGUAAAACAAUAUAACAGCAAGAUUGUUUACUUUUUGUAUUCGUCACAAUGAGCGCACACAGAGCUAGUUCACGGGAUGAUAUUGGUGAAUCCAGUGAUAACGCCACUAGGAUGGGAAUAAUGCAUUUGCGAAAAGUUUUUAAUGAAUUUACUCGAGCUACAAUUUUUGAUGAAGAUAAGGAACUUAAGCUAUACAACAUGCUACCCUUGUUCUGUAAAACAUUUCAGUUCCACAACUCAGGAGAGUUAAUCAUUGAGUUUCCUGAUAUUCUACAUUUCUGCAAAUUUGUUUCGAAAAUCAUGACUAAUGAAAUAAAAAAACGUGGUUCGAAUCAAAGUACCGAGGCAGCUUCAAAAAAUAUUGUCAAAUUUCUAGAAAUUGAUGAAAAUGAAGAAACAAGUGCGGGUUGGAUGCUCUUGUCAGCUAUCAAUAUAAUGGCAAAUGGUGAUGAAUCAUUGAUACAGGUUAUGACAAACGCUUCAGUCCCAUCUACACUUGUCAAAUGUCUAUAUUUAUUCUUUGAUCUACCAGAAUUGAUAGAAGACGACAAAACCAUCACGGAUACAAAAUAUAACAGUACAAGAAAACGAAUAUUACUCCAAAAAAUGAUUGUUCAGGUACUGGUGCGUCUAUGUGCUCACCCUUAUCCAGCCGAUGAAUUGGCAAGAAUGGAUGACCUGUCGUUAUUAUUUUCUGCAAUCACUUCCCAAUGUCCGUCUUAUAAUAUUGUAUGGAGAAAAUCUGCUGCGGAAAUUUUAAUGACCCUUUCUCGUCACGGUUUGACAAAUGAUGUCAUAACAUAUUUACACAAUAAAGGAUGCGUAUCGUUGUGCAUAGAUAACAUGCAAAGAUCUUCACAUUUGCAACCGUUAGACGUUGUGGAAAUGGUAGUAUCGGUUUUCUGUUUUCUCAAGGAUUCAAGUGAGGUUUCUCAAGUGCUGCUAGAUGAUUUCAAAUUCUGCCAAGGAUAUCUUUUCUUAAUCGAUUUCAUAAUCAAAUUAGAUCAGGAGGAUAAGAAAACGGUAGAUACAGAAGCUGCUAUUAGAAACCUAGUUUUAAUGACAACAUCUCUGUGCACAUGUGGCUAUAAUGAGUUGAAAGUAUCGACCAACAACAUUUCGUUAUUCAAAAUGGAAGGCUUCAAAAUACCUCAAAUAUCGUCUCGUGGUUCAUGUGUUCGAAACUUACAUGCUUUCCAAGUGUUACAAACAGUUUUCCUUAAGUCAAAUAAUACUUCUCUCUGUUGCAUAGUUUUGGAAGCUAUUUCAAGCAUAUAUCAUUCUGAUAACGCUAACUAUUUUAUACUGGAAUCACAAAAUACUUUGUGUCAGUUUUCAGAAGUAAUUUAUUUGAAAAGUGCACCUGUAAGGGAACGAUUUUUCGGAUUGUUAAAAUUUGUCGUUUUCCAAUUAAAUUUUGUUCCUUGUAAAGAAUUGAUUUCGUUAUCAUUGUUAUUGAAGUCGAAUCUUUCGAUGGAGUGUAACGUUACCUGCAUGAAUUUUUUCCUUGAUUUGUUGAAACACAAUAUCAUGUUUUCCGAUGUAUAUCGAGAAGUAGGUGUGCUUGAGGUAAUUGUCAACUGUUUGAAAAAGUACAAAACAUUUUUAGAAAUGGAUUCUGUAGAUGGGAACGCAUAUCAAUCGGCAGAUUGUAACCAAAUAGGAGAAUUGAUACUUGAAGCCCUUAUGAUAUUAUUGAGUGGAAACAAUAACAAUGCUACGGUGUUUAGAGACAGCGGCGGGUCAAAGUGUAUUCAUGAUAUGGUACAUCUCGAGAGAUGCAGUGCAUCAGUUUUAAGAAUUAUCAAAGAAAUGAUUCUAAAUACAGGCGGAGAAGAUGAUAUGCUACGAUUAAUUGAAUCUAUGGCAGAUGCUCCUCUACCGAAAAUACAACUGAAAAUUCAAAUUCUAAAAUCAUUGGUUGUAUGUCUACGUGAUAGUCAUCGAGCAAGAACCAUAUUUAGAAAAGUCAAUGGAUUUAAUGUUCUUAUUAAAACAUUAAAAGCUCUAGAAAAUAAGUGGACUGAUAUCGCUGAUCGAUCCGAAUCAAAACAGCAAAUACUUAUGCUUCACCUCAUAUGUCAAGUGCUGACGACGGCCAUGCGUUUUGAACCAGCCAAUGCAAAAUAUUUCCAGCAAGAGCUAUGCUCCAGCGCAUUCUUCACAACUCUUAGGACAUUAGGAUGCUUCAGUCCAGACAUCAUACUGAAAUACAACAGUUCGUCUGAUUUCAAGCCUAACCCAGAAACGAUUGAGAGCUAUAGGGUAUUAUUUACGAAGGAUAUUUCUACCUUAAGCUGUUCAAUUACAGAACCGAUGUCGUUAUCUUUUGGAUGUAUAGUUUACCGGAUGCUGUAUAGCAUUGCUUUAGACAACUUUGAAAAUGCGUCAAUCGUAUCGAAUGUUACAAAUGUAGAUAAUAUAUUUGAAAGGGAUUCUACAGUGGGAAGUAUUAAAAAUGUACAUAAUGAAUUGGAAGCCCAGACAAUAAGAAGUUUGAUGAAUAUGGCUCAGUUGAGUCAAGAACACAUCAUUGUUCACCCAGGAGUUGUACUAUGCAUGUUGCAACUACUACCCUCUGUUGAACAUUCGCAAAAAACAAAAAAAGGAUUAGUUUUGCAAUACUACUUAGCCGAAGUAUUGAAAAGCCUUCUGCGUAGCGAGCGUAACCAGCAGAUAAUGUGUGAGGCAGGAAUGGCUGGAAUAAUGUUAAAAAAUUGCAAAUCGGCAUUACUAGUUGAGCAACAUACUCUUCAUCUGCCUUUACAAUAUAUAUUUGAAAGACUGGCAGUACAAGGUUUGCAGCCGAAAGAAUUCAGGGAAUUUCUCCGUCUUGGGUUUUAUCCUGAUGCAUCGAUAUAUGAGAAGAAAACAGGAAGCUCUACUUCUUUCACAAUUCCAUUAACUCGUAUUAAAACACUUGUAUCCAUGACUACACCAAGAGACUUUCGAGCACAUGGUUCAUAUACUCUCCCCCCGUUUGUUGAAAUGGAUAUGAGCUCAGAAGGAUUUGGAUGUAUAUUUCUACCAAGUCUGGCACCUCAAGCAAUUGUUGCGAGUAGUACUGAGAUUGAUGGUCUAACUAUUGGUGGUAUUGGUACUGGCGACCGAAGCUUUCCUCCAGCUAAUGGUCUUAGUUAUUCCACUUGGUUUUGUGUGGAUAAAAUUGGUGUUUCAAGUGGAAAUCAUCAUUGUGUUCGAUUAUUGACCCUUGUUCGAACGAUAAAUAAUGUUAAAGAAGAAAGUUAUAUUUGCCUUAGCAUUUUGUUAUCAGCUAAAGAUAAAGCAAUAAUAACUUCAACAAAUGAAAUGCUUCUAGAACAAAACACUGCCGAUUGGGAACCCCAACAUUUGGAAAAUUUCAGUGCACGUGUACUGUGUCCAUAUUUACUAGUAGAAGGACAAUGGCAUCAUUUGGUGGUUGUGUUGAAUAAAUUGACGGCAAAAAAUUCUAGCUUUUCACUUUUCAUUGACGGGCAUCACAUUCAUACUCAGAGUAUUCAGUACAUUGCAUCUAUUCCGGGAAAUAACAUUGCAACCAGUAUACAUUUAAUUUCUUCAGUUUAUGCUUAUAUCGGUACACCGCCUUUAUGGAGGGGAUAUUCCAAACUUUGCUGGAAGCAAGGAGUAUGUCAUCUUAUCGAAGACGUACUCACGCAUUCUACUGUAAAGAGGAUCUAUGCACUAGGACCUCAUUAUCUAGGAUCGUUGCAAGCUCCGCAUACUGAAAAGCUGUUGGACGAUUUUGUUAGUCCACUUGUACCAGAAGAACAUGUUGUAUUUGGAUUAAAUGCUCGGGCGGUUUCUAAUAUAACUCUAUCAAAAAUUCGGAAAGUAUACAGUAGACUGGAUUGUAAAGCAAUAGCUAAACAACUAGGUAUGAACUCACAUGACAAUGCAACUCCGAUAAAGAUCCUACACAAUUCAGCCGGUCAUCUUGCUGGUCCAGCACGUACGUUCGGUGGUGUUAUGAUAGGUUACCUCGGAAUUAGAUGUUUUAGUCCAAAUCCAGUGCCCGCGAUUAUUUACACUGUGGGUGGUUGCAGCGUUUUAUUGGGUAUAAUAGCUAUGUCGCAAAACGUCGAGGCUCUUUACGCAGGUGUUAAAGUUCUAACUUGUGUUAUUAAGUCGAAUAAAUCAACACAAAAGGAAAUGGAUCGAAAGCGGUAUUACCAAACCUUAGGAAUGAUUUUGAAGAGGAAGAAAUAUUUGCUAAACUCACAUAUAUUGCACCUCACUUUUAAUUUAGUGGGUACAGUCAACAGUGGACAAGAAAGUUCAGCAAUACCGAACAAAAUGUCAUUUCAGGAUCUACUGUGUGAUUUCGAUAUAUGGUUGGGUGCACCGAGUGAUCUACUGAAAUCAUUAUUGGAACAUUUACUAGAACUUGCGUCAGAAUCAAGUGAAAAGCGGACAAAUAUUCACAUAAUGCGGGAUAUGCAGUGUACUUCAAAACUAUUAAUAAUUAUUGGAGAUGUGUGCGAUGAAAAUACACGAGAUGUUUUGUACAAUCUUCUGGAAAUACUUCUUGGGCCUCAUCCACGUGUCGAUGAUUUGUUACUGUUUGGACAGCAUUUGAUUUGCAACAUACCACAGCCUGGAAACGAUGACGAUAAAAACAUGGAAGUAGCUGAUUCUGCCACUCACAAUAACUUAACUUCGUGUAACCAAGAGAUGUAUCUCUCCAACGUGGUUUUAAGAAAAAUCGUUUUACGAAACAGAGGUCUUAGUCUUUUACAUAGUUUGUUAUUUACUGCAAGGAAUACAAUUAACACUUCACUUGCUGAUGAUAUUUCAAAAGUACUUGGUACGGAUUGGAUAAUGCAGUUUAUGCAUCCACAUCUUCAUAAGUCUUCUGUCAUUUGGGCAUUGCGAAUAUUAGUUGUACUUUGUUCUAAUGAAGUAAUCAUUGGAAGAUACAGAGAAGGUUCCAUGAGUGCUGGUUACAUGAGAAAUACGGAGAUCAUUAAUCGUACCAGAGAUAAACCGAUGGUAUCAUCACAUGAAUCAACAUCGAAAAAUCCUGUUAUUGCAUCAAUUUCAUUGAAACAAAACGAGGAUGGCUCUACACAAAAUGUGAACAAUUACGGAUUCAGCUAUUUGCAAUGGCUUCUUCUACAUCACAUCAACACGCCUGAAACAUACUUUUUGCUGACGGCUUUGAUAAUGGGUCAACCUGUGAAACUAUUAGGAACUAAUCAUAUACAUAUUGAUUUGGAUCGAAUAUGGACCUUUUUAUGGGGAACACCUGUGUCGAACACCCUUAGCAGCUCUGCUCUACCGAAGAUGUGUAUAUGUCCAGAAGCAGUAUGUAUAUUGUGUAGCCUUGUGAGAAAAGUCGUACACACCACAAAUAAUGCUGAAUGGCUAAAAAAUCAUCCAACGACACUUAUUCAAGUUAUGUUUUCGUUGUAUCAUAAUUUGCCUGAUUUUAUGUCUGUUAUUAUGUCAGCGGAAAUUAUUAGCUCACUAAUCUCAAUAUUAUUUCCUUAUCAACCUGCAUCGAUUGAAUCUGAUGUUAACAGUAAAUCGUCUUCAACUGAGGAACUUCAAUCACAUCAAAAAUUAGACCUACAUAAUAAGCAGGACCUGACAGAGCAUCCUGUAAGAAAACUUAUUAUGGAUUUUUUACGUGUCAUUGCUGUUGAUUCAUUUAGUCUUGCUUGUAAUGGAAAAGAUCCUCCAAUAAUCGACUGCAUUUUGGAUGCUCAGUUAGAUAAUGACUCGCAGACGGCCAAGUGUUCUUUUCUAACGGAAAUAAUAGUUACACUUAUGGAUCAUUUAGUAGCAGCGGAUAUAUUAGUAGGUGAGCAAGCUGCCUUGCCCAUUGUUCCACUAUUGCAUAGCCAUGUACAAAAUAUCGCACCGAACGUAUUUUACUUCACAACUAGAAUAAUUGAUAAAUUAUGGCAAGGUCAUUUAAAUAAAGAUCCACAAGAGAUCUUUGAAUUUAUAAUAAAAUUAACCAUUCAGGCUAAACGACGCACAUCUGCUCUUUCAUUGGACCAACUGUAUCAUUCCAUGAACCGUUGCAUAUUAUAUCUUCUUUCGCGUUCUACCGAAACCGUAUCGGAGCAGAUGGUUGUUCUAGAGACUCUACACAAACUAACCACUAAUAGACUCAUUAUUUUUGGUGCAGGAAACCAUGAACUGGAAUUCCUUGGAUGUUUAUUGUAUUGUUUAAUGCAAUUGAUCGCAAGUGAAAAAAUUGAGCUCGAUAAUAAGGAAUUUAAGUUUAGUAAUCGAACUACAAAAUGGCAUAUAAGUCCCAAUAAUGAUGCUGUUACCGUUAGUGAUGAUGAUUCCCUGAAUCGCUAUCAAGGAAUCAAUUUAAUAUCAAAUGCGGCGUCGCGUGUUUGGGAAGAAAUAUAUGUCUGUAAGAAACCAGCAAUUGAAGAAAUUUUCAAAAUUUCAUUAACGGCUCCUCUAGAUAAUGCGAAGGCACCCGACACAACUAUUACAAGGGAACAAAUUUUAGAUUCAGCUUAUAGGCUUUGGAUGAGCUAUUUGGAUGGUGAGAAAAGAGCACAUUGUCGAGCAUCAUUGGAUUUGCAUAACCACAUCCAGUCAAAAAUCCAGAAAGUAACAGGAAAUCUAACAAGAUUGACAAGUCGCUCGAAGUUCAAAAAAGAGGAUGAAGCAAAAGAAAAAUUUCAACCAGAUAGCGAAACAAUACAUCAACUCAAUCUACUUAAUUUGUGUUUAGUUAAAGAACUUUGGAGCUUAAAAAUCUCGCAGCACAUGCGAACUAUGCAGCAUACUCAGAGAUAUGUGUAUCAGGAAUGGCUGCAAUCUGAAGCCGAACUAUUUCGAGAGCGUGGGUUGUGGGGUCCUAAAGAGUCCCAAAACUUCACAAAAUGGAUGCUAGAUUCAACAGAAGGGCCUUGUCGUAUGCGCAAAAAGAUGAUGAAAAAUGAUAUGUUUUAUAUCCAUUAUCCAUAUCGCCCGGAGCUCGAACUGGCGGAUCAGCGUCAGUUAAAGUACAAAGUCGCAACAAGUUAUGAUAGCAAGGAGUAUUAUGAAAGUUUCAAGUAUUUGCCCAAAGAUUCAUCAAUCCAUGUGGAAAGUGCGUUGGAAUCUCCAUCGACAGUUAAUUUGACCGAUAUUGUUUAUCAAAGCACGCACGAGAUUGAGGAGCAUUGCGAUAUGGAAGAUGAUGAGGAGAUGUCUUCUGCUCCUGAUAAUCAGACGCUCAUUCGUUCUUUGGAAGCUAAAGAAAAGAUAUCACACAUAUUUCGAUGUGCGCGGAUACAAGGACUGGAUACAUUUGAAGGACUACUUCUUUUUGGGAAAGAAAAUUGCUAUGUGAUUGACGGUUUUACAUUGAUGAAAAAUCGAGAAAUUCGGGACAUUGAUUCACUCUGCUUUGAUAGUUACGACCCAAUCCUACCAAACCCAGGAAACGUUCGAACACCACACGAAAUGAGGCAAAGCUCCAAGUUUGCAUAUGAAGAUAUUCGAGAGGUACACAAGCGAAGGUACUUGCUUCAACCAAUAGCACUGGAAGUAUUUUCAGGUGAUGGUCGAAACUUUCUGUUAAGCUUUCCACGAAAAGUACGAAACAAAGUGUAUCAGAGAUUAAUGACCGUUGCUACAUCUAUUGCGGAUAAUGCUCAACAAUCAGUAGCUGGACAGAGUCGUACAGCAAAUGUGGAACAAACUUCAAAUUUGUUUAGCAGUCUUAUAGGAGAAACUUCGGUGACUCAGCGAUGGGUCCGCGGAGAAAUGUCAAAUUUUCAAUACUUGAUGCAUUUGAACACAUUGGCGGGAAGAUCAUACAAUGAUUUAAUGCAAUAUCCAGUAUUCCCAUGGAUUCUCUCAGAUUACGAAUCGGAAAAACUCGAUUUUUCUAAUCCAGAAUGUUUUCGAGAUUUUUCGAUGCCCAUGGGGGCACAAUCCCAAAAGCGUCUUGAACAGUUUGUAAAACGUUAUAGAGAGUGGGAUGAUCCGCACGGUGAAACUCCACCAUAUUUUUAUGGAACCCAUUACAGUUCUGCAAUGAUUGUUUGUUCAUAUCUCGUUCGAUUAGAGCCGUUUACUCAGCAUUUUUUACGUUUACAAGGAGGCCAUUUCGAUCUUGCCGACAGGAUGUUUCAUAGUAUCGAAGAAGCCUGGUAUUCAGCAUCGAAACACAAUAUGGCAGACGUUAAAGAACUGAUUCCAGAGUUUUUUUACUUACCCGAAUUUUUAAUAAAUUCGAAUAAUUUUGACUUUGGUAUGAAACAGAAUAGCGAAAGAUUGAAUCAUGUUGUGUUGCCGCCAUGGUCGAAAGGAGAUCCAAGAGAAUUCAUAAGAGUGCAUCGGGAAGCUUUGGAAUGUGAUUACGUCAGUCAACAUUUGCAUUUGUGGAUAGAUUUAAUUUUUGGAUAUAAGCAACGUGGACAAGCUGCAAUUGACGCCUCAAAUGUCUUUCACCAUCUUUUCUACGAAGGAAAUGUUGAUAUUUACAGCAUUGACGAUCCAUUAAAGAAAAACGCUACAAUUGGAUUCAUUAACAACUUUGGACAGAUUCCAAAACAACUAUUCCGCAAGGCUCAUCCUGCUAAAAAAAUACCUUCGACCAGAACGUUAUCUGUAUUAGAUUCGAAUCCUAUAGUAACGUCAGUACAGUUAAUGCAAUCUAAUGACAAACUAUUUUUCCAUAAUCUAGAAAUGCUUAAACCAUGUAUGCAACCAAUUAAAGAGCUAAAGGGACCAGUUGGGCACGUAAUACAAGGAGACAAGGUUAUAUCAGCCGUUGAACAGAAUAAAAUACUAAUACCUCCCAACUAUAAUCGUUACAUAGCAUGGGGCUACGCCGAUCAUUCCGUUAGAGUUGGCAUGUAUGAUUCUGAUCGAGUGUUAUUUGUGUGCGAGAAUAUUGCACCUGAUUCGGGAGAAAUUCUGGCAUGUGCUUGCCCAAAUUCGAAAACGGUAAUAAUGGCUGGUUCUAAUUCCAUAGUAACUGUAUGUGAUAUAGAUUUUAAGCACAAACAAUUGCAUGUUAUGCAUACCUUACAUGGACAUACGGAUGCUGUUACGUCUCUUGCUGCAAGUACCGCAUACAACAUCAUUGUUUCUGGUUCUAAAGACAGAUCAGCUAUCAUUUGGGAUAUGUCAAGAUACAAGUACGUGCGGCAGUUGUCUAGUCAUGUUGGUGUCGUUGCUGCGGUCAAUAUAAAUGAACUAACGGGCGACAUUGCAACAUGUUCUACAACAUGGCUUUAUGUAUGGACAAUCAACGGGAAUUGCCUGGCCAAAGUCAAUACAAGUAUUGGAUUCUCGGAUCGUAUGCAACAAAUCCUAUGUGUUAUAUUCUCAUGCACGAAGGAAUGGGAUAAAGACAAUGUCAUAAUAACUGGAUCAACAGAUGGAGUUGUACGGGUUUGGUCGUUAGAUCAUGUGCAAAUAGCGACAGAGCACAAAAGUUGCAGCGACGGCGAUUUAUGCUUAGAAGUUGAAACUGACCAAAAAAGCGACGAUGAAACUUGCUAUCCAGAAGAGAUUGGAAUUGUUAAGUCGUCUUCGACGAAUAGUAUACUCGAGCAACAAUCUUCAAAGAAAUUUCCUAUAGACAAGCGACCACCAGGCAAUAAUAGAGUAAAUAAUCAAUCAUUCUUCAACAUUGGAUCGAAUAUAAAAGCUGUAUCGGUAGACCAACAUAUGAAUGAAUUCAAAUCAACUGGCAGUGAACAAUUGAACGUGACAAAAGAUUUGAAAUCUAGAAAUAGUUUUCGUUGGUGCCAGCAGCUGUUAUUUAGAACUAAGCUCACUAUGUACACAGCGUAUGAUCGUAAAGAUAAUGUGGAACCAGCUAGUAUCACUUCAUUAGCAAUAUCGAGCGACCAUCGUACAGUUUUUGUCGGAGACGCCAGGGGACGUGUAUACUCUUGGAGUGCAAUAGAUCAAACUGGAAGACUUUUGACUGGACGUAAUAUGAAGAAUGAAAAUCCAGUAGUCUGUGCUGGAUGUAAUGUUCGAAUUGUAACACUGUCAGUCACGUACCCAGAGGGGGGCCUCCCGAAAUGAAAACCAUAUAAGUGUUUAGAAUGUCUCAGACAUGUGUUACAGAAAUAACAAGACAGUAAAUGUGAUGAAAUAUAAUACAAUAUCAGUUCCAGCGAAAGAGUUUAAAGUAUAUGAUAAAAACAGCCGUAAACAGGCACACCGAGAAUUAGAUUCAACCGGUACGAAAGACGAAAUUGCUGUCGAAGCUGUAAACACGAAUUUUGUAGUAAAUGCUGUUAUGUGGAGUCUACUGUAUUCCAUUUAAGGAUUCGUAUCCCCUCUCGAAUUUGCAAGGUUUGCAAUUCACAGC